UCGUCAUUUUUCUUUUGGUUUUCACUUUUCAGCAUGGUCUCUUCAUCCACAUAGUUCUCUUUAAAGCUCUUUGAUAUUAAUCUUCUCUCCAAUAAUGGAUUCUUCUUGUUUCUUCCUUACCAUUAUUGCUGCUGCAAUAGGAUUCUUCUUGCUUUUUAGAAAACUCAGAUUCCAUCAAGAAGAUAACAAAGAAAAGAACUCUUCUUCUUCUUCUUCAUCAACACCAUCUUCUUUAGCUCCUUCAUCACCACCACCAUCGUCUUUGGAUCCCAUCUGGACACACCAUGUGUUUCCAAGUUUUCGAGGGGAAGAUGUCCGUAGAGACUUUCUUAGUCACAUUCAGAUGGAGUUUCAAAGAAUGGGAAUCACACCAUUCAUUGAUAAUGAGAUCGAGAGAGGACAAUCCAUCGGUCCCGAACUCAUUAGAGCAAUUAGAGAAUCCAAGAUCGCAAUUAUCUUGCUCUCAAGAAACUACGCUUCUUCGAGUUGGUGUCUUGACGAAUUGGCGGAGAUUAUGAAGUGCAGGGAAGAAUUGGGUCAAACAGUGUUGGCUGUUUUCUAUAAAGUGGAUCCAUCUGAUGUAAAUAAGCUGACCGGAGAUUUUGGAAAAGUCUUCAAAAAAACAUGUGCCGGUAAAACAAAAGAGCACGUUGGGAGAUGGAGACAAGCUUUGGCAAAUGUCGCCACAAUCGCCGGUUACCAUUCGACCAACUGGGAUAAUGAAGCGACCAUGAUUAGAAAUAUCGCUACUGAUAUAUCCAACAAGUUGAAUAAUUCUGCCUCAUCAAGUGAUUUUGAUGGGUUGGUUGGGAUGACUGCUCAUUUGAAGAAGAUGGAACCAUUGUUAUGCCUAGGCUCAGAUGAAGUGAGGAUGAUUGGGAUUUGGGGUCCUUCUGGGAUUGGAAAGACGACCAUUGCUAGAGUUGUAUACAACAAACUCUCCAACAGUUUCCAACUGAGUGUCUUUAUGGAAUCUAUCGAAGCAAAAUAUACAAGACCAUGUUCCGAUGACUAUAGUGCCAAGUUGCAGUUACAACAGCAGUUUAUGUCUCAAAUAACCAACCAGAGUGAUAUGAAGAUUUCUCAUUUAGGUGUUGUUCAAGAUAGGCUAAAAGACAAGAAAGUUCUUGUUGUUCUUGAUUGGGAAGUUACACAACUUGCUGGUGAACUUCCUUUGUGUCUUAGGGUUAUAGGCUCGUAUUUUCGAGGAAUGUCUAAGCUGGAGUGGACGAAAGCACUACCAAGGUUAAGGAGUAGCCUUGACGCUGAUAUUCUUAGCAUUUUGAAGUUCAGCUAUGAUGCCUUAGAUGACGAAGACAAAUAUUUGUUUCUUCAUAUAGCUUGCUUCUUCAAUCGUGAAUGGAUUGUGAAAGUGGAAGAGUAUCUUGCAGAGACGUUCUUGGAUGUGAGUCAUCGGCUUAAUGGCUUAGCUGAAAAAUCGCUCAUAUCUUUGAAUGGGGGAUAUAUAAACAUGCAUGAUCUGCUAGUCAAACUAGGUAUAGACAUUGUCCGUAAACAGUCUCUUCGUGAGCCUGGACAACGACUAUUUUUGGUUGAUGCACGAGAAAUUUGUGAAGUACUCAAUCUUGAUGCGAAUGGCAGUAGAAGUGUUAUGGGCAUAAAUUUCAACUUUGGUGAGGAUAGGAUCAAGGAAAAGUUACAUAUAAGUGAGAGAGCCUUUCAAGGAAUGUCUAAUCUCCAAUUCUUAAGAGUCAAAGGGAAUAACAAUACAAUACAUCUACCGCACGGUUUAGAGUAUAUAUCUCGUAAACUUCGAUUACUACAAUGGACUUAUUUUCCGAUGACAUGUUUGCCUCCUAUUUUCAACACGGAGUUUCUGGUUGAACUAGUCAUGCCUUACAGCAAACUUGAGAAGUUGUGGGAAGGAAUUAAACUCCCUUCCUCUAUUGGGAAUCUCAUCAAUCUAAAAAAAUUGGAUCUUAGCAGUUUAUCAUGUCUAGUGGAGCUCCCUUCCUCUAUUGGGAAUGCCACUAAUCUCGAGUUAUUAGAUCUCGGUGGAUGCUCAAGUCUGGUGGAGCUCCCUUCCUCUAUUGGGAAUCUCAUCAAUCUAAAAGAAUUGCAUCUUAGCAGUUUAUCAAGUCUGGUGGAGCUCCCUUCCUCUAUUGGGAAUCUCAUCAAUCUAAAAGAAUUGGAUCUUAGCAGUUUAUCAUGUCUAGUGGAGCUCCCUUUCUGGAUUGGAAAUGCCACCAACCUUGAGGUUUUAAACCUUGACCAAUGCUCAAGUCUGGUAAAGCUCCCCUUUUCUAUUGGAAACCUUCAGAAGUUGCAAACUUUGACCUUACGAGGAUGCUCUAAGCUAGAAGAUCUUCCAGCCAACAUCAAAUUGGGAUCUCUCGGCGAACUUGAUCUCACUGAUUGCUUGCUGUUGAAAAGGUUUCCUUUAUCAAUCAAAUCAUGGUCUCGUCUCAAUGAGGUGGAUAUGUCAUACACUGAAAAUCUCAAGAACUUUCCUCAUGCUUUUGACAUCAUCACAGGCCUGCACAUGACCAAUACAGAAAUACAAGAGGUUCCCCCAUGGGUCAAGAAAUUCUCUCGUUUAACAGUACUCAUACUCAAGGGAUGCAAAAAGCUAGUAUCACUCCCACAGAUUCCAGAUUCCAUCUCUUACAUAGAUGCACAAGAUUGUGAGUCCCUGGAGAGAGUAGAUUGCUCCUUUCACAAUCCAAAGAUUUGGCUCAUAUUUUCUAAGUGCUUCAAACUGAAUCAAGAAGCCAGAGACCUCAUCAUCCAGACACCAACUAGUAGAUCUGCGGUCUUACCCGGCAGAGAAGUGCCUGCAUACUUCACUCACCAAUCUACUACUGGAGGUUCCUUGACAAUCAAGCUGAACGAGAAGCCUCUUCCUACAUCCAUGCGGUUUAAGGCUUGCAUUUUGCUGGUUCAUAAAGGUGACAAUGAGGCUCGUGAUGAUAAAAACUGGAUGGAUGAAAAUUGCUACAUUGUUAGUUGUAAAAAAAGUAAGCAUUAUUUAUAUCCAGUUUUAGCAGAGCAUGUGUACGUAUUUGAAGUCGAAGCAGAUGUGACUUCCAGCGGGCUUGUCUUUGAGUUCAAGAUCAGGAGUAAGAAUUGGAAGAUAAAAGAAUGUGGGGUAUUCCAACUCUCGGAGGUUCCUUGAUGAAUCUUCAAAAAGUGAUUUAUGAAACACCCUUGAUGAAACUGAAGUUUGUGGUGAAGUAAUGGAGACAUUUACUAAAAAGGUAAUCUAAUAUAAAUGUUGAUAGAUUUUGUACAAUGUUAAUCUCUUCUUUGAGGAUUGAAAUAUUACUUUACUUCAGUGGGCCACAUAAGAGGUGCUGUGUAUCUGCAA